AUGUUGGCAACUGCAUCAGAACCAGCUACUACCAUACCAUCGACCAAGCGCCAAAAGAUGGACGAACCAAUCCCAUUGCUCGUCAAGAAGGUUGGAAGCAAAGCUCAACUUCCCACUCGAGGCUCUGACAAGGCUGCAGGAUGGGACUUGUACAGUUCGGCAGACGUUGUAAUUCCAGCUAAAGGAAAAGUCAUUGUGCCUACCGAUAUCCAAAUCGCACUUCCUCCUGGUACAUAUGGUCGGGUAGCACCUCGUUCUGGAUUGGCAGUCAAACACUUUCUGGACGUCGGUGCUGGUGUUAUUGAUGAGGACUAUCGUGGGAAUGUGGGAGUUGUCAUGUUUAAUUUCUCUGAUGUGGAUUUUGAAGUCAAAACAGGAGACCGUAUUGCUCAAUUGAUCUUAGAACGUAUCUACCAUACAACUGUAUUAGAAGUUGAGGAUUUGAGUUUGACAAUACGCGGAGCUGGGGGUUUUGGCUCGACUGGAUUCUCAACCAACUAG